UUAUGUUGCAUUGUUUUGUGUAUAAUUACAUUUGUAUUAUUGGAAAUUAUCAAACAAAUAAACUAUUAUUCAAUAAUAAACUACAUGGUAUCAGAGCCUUCUAACCUAGAUCCUAUGUAGUCGUCGUCGCUGCUCCUCCCUACCAUGAAUCUCGUCGGCGAAGACGAGAUCUUUCUUUAUCCGUUCAUCUUCGUCUAAAUCGAUACCUUCGCGCAUCAGUUCGUCUCCGUCUAGACCAAUCCCUUCGUUGCCAUGAAACCUUUCUUCGAUUCGCGCCUGAUCUAUCUCUGUUUCUUUUGCAGAUAAGUUCGUUCAAGGCUUCGUUCCAUUCGCGCAUCAAAUCUGAGUUGAUUUGGUUGUUCAUCUCUGCUCAGACUUGAACCAGUUUGUGCAUCUCCGUUUGUUCGAGCAUCCAUCUUCAGAUCGUUCAUCUGUUCAAGGGUUCAAUUUGUGUAUCAGUCUCUGUUCAAGUUCUUCAUUCAAUCUUAGAUCUCAUCUUCGAUCAUCUCCAAACUCGUCCGCUGGGUUUUCUGUCUAGAUUUGUCUUUGUUCUUCCUGUUGAGUUUCUAUCCAGAUUUGUCUCUUAUCUUUGUGCAUGUCCGUCCGCUCUUUUAUUUGGCAUUGUGUUGUUGUCUUUUUGCCAUUCUUUUGAUUGGGGAGUUAUUUGUUGGUUGUGUUUCUCACUAAACUUUUCAUAUGGAGAAAAAUGAUAUUGCUCGUCCCAUAGUACCAUCCUUGAUGGGACGAAUUACAUUACCUGGGCUCAUCAAAUGAUGAGUUUCUUGAUCGAUAAAAAGUUAUGGAGUAUCGUUACUAGCAAUGUCACCAAAUCGGUCAAACCUACUUCUCUAGUGAAAAACAUUAAGGAUACCAUUGAGAAAGACGAUACUGACUCAUUUGAUGCCACCGUUCAAGAGACCACCGAAGAAGACGACAAGUACAUUGAAAAACUUGAGGACUAGGAUAGCAAAAAUCAUCAAAUCAUCACUUGGUUGAGUAACAUUUCAAUUCCAGCAAUUCAUACUCAAUUCGAUGCAUUUAAUACGACAAAAGAACUUUGGGAUUUUCUGUCCACACGGUUUCAGUCUAUUGGGUUUGCUCAUUAUUAUCAAUUAAAUUUUCGUCUUGUUAGUCUAAACCAGAAGGGAGGACAAUCUGUGAAUGAGUAUCUUGCCACUCUUCAAUCAAUUUGGACUUCGUUAGAUCAGCCAAAAAUUAGUCCUGAUCAUUUUUGCCUCAUCAAAGUCCUUAUGGGUUUUCGCCCAGAGUAUGAAUCAGUUUGUGCUGCACUAUUACAUCGCAUCAGUUUGUGCUGCACUAUUACAUCGCAACCCUUUGCCAUCUCUCGACGCUGCCAUCCAAGAAAUUUUAUUUGAAGAAAAAUGACUUGGCAUUGUCUCACCUCUGCCUUCUGAUGUCGCUCUUGCAACCACACAUCCACGACUUGCUAAUGAGUCCACUUUCUGCAAAUAAUUGUAAGCUUCAUGGUCAUAAGCUUGCUAAUUGCCCUACUAUUGAGUGUGAGUAUUUUCACAAGCGAGGUCACAUCUUGGACAACUAUCCCACUCGUUCACCCUGCCCUCAUGGUCACUCACAUAAACCCAAGUCUUCUUCAAAAACUAGUUAUCAACCUAUUGUUGUUGCUGCCACCUCAUUUGAUAUCACUGCACUUCAGAACUUUCAGCUAAAUAAUCUUCAUGACUUACUGAAACAUGUGAUCUCUUCCAACUCUACUGCUCUUGCUGUCACUCCAGUUUAUAAUUCUCAGACGGGGCAAGUGAUUGGUACAGGAUGGAAGGUGGGAUGAUUAUUUGAGCUCACAUCUUUCCAACACUCUCCUGUGUUUCCACAUAUCUCUACACCAGUCACUGAUACACUUUAUGUCAGCGGCAUCUUCGUCUAGGUCAUGCAUCCUCUAAUAAACUUCGUAAUUUAGUUUCUAUUGGCACUUUGAACUUUAUCAUUUUCUAAUUCUGCUUCAUAAUUAUGUGUUACAACAUGUAAAUUUUGAAAUAAAAAUAUAUCACCUAUUAUUUUA